UGAAGCUUCCCACCCGAUCCCAUUUCUCUAUCUCGGCUCACGUCGGUUCACCGCCACCGCACGCUCCCCGCCGUCGCCGCGCCUCUCGCUGGGUCCUCGUGCCGUGUGCUCGCGUAUCCCCUCUCUCCUCUGUCUGUGGUUGGCUGUUCGCAUCUCGCCACGCCUACCCCUGCCAGUGAGUGCUCGAGCUGUGCAUGGUUGUUGCUGCUCGCGUCCGUGGUUGUCUGACUUGUCUCUGCUCGAUUCUGCCUCUGCAACAACAUGUGAGCAUUUUAGGGUUUAUGAAUAUGAAUUGAUUCUGCCUCUCCGUCUCACUCGAGUCUCGUCUCAGUCACACUUGCCGGUGUCUCGUCUCCCCUCCGGCGUCUCAACGUCUCGCGACCUUUCCAGUGCUCCUUCUCCCUAAGCAACUCGUGGGGUUGUCGCCGCCGUGUAUCGUUGAUGGAUAAUUGUAGCUCUACUCCUAUUGGUUGAAGACUUUGUUUUAUGGAUAUUUUAGCCAGAGAUUCUUCCUUGCCUCCAGGGAACCAUUGUUGGGGGUUGAGUUUGACUAAAAAACUUUUAGCCAAUGAAACAAAGUGGCAAGCAGUAGACAGAGAAGACAGAGGAGGAACAGAGUGUACGGCAAAAGAGGUGACAGCAGAAUGCGAUGGAGUGAGUGUGUCACCAACGAUUUCUCUCUCUUUUGCACCUGCUGCAUCCAUUCAAUUUAUGAUCACUUCACCGUCUUUCUCUCUCUUUUUUCUUGAAACUAACUUAUGGUUUUGAAUAUGGAGAAGAGCAUAUACACAUUUCUCACUGUGCACCGUUGGGAAUCACUCAACUGUAUGAGGUAUAGUUUGGCUUCACUGAGACCUGUCCAUGGAAGAUUAGCUCUCAAAUUUCUGAAUUGGGUUAUUAACCAGCCCAAUUUUGAGCUCAAUCAUGUCACCCACAUAGUAUGCACUACCACUCACAUACUUGUUAGGGCUAGAAUGUACAAUUUUGCCAAAGCAACCUUGUCCCACUUGUUGCAUUUGCCAAUUGGCUUGAACUCUGCAUUUUUUGCUCUUAUGGACACAUACUCAAUUUGCAACUCUAGCCCUGCUGUUUUCGACAUCUUGAUUCGAGUUUGCUUGAAAGAAAACAUGGUUGGAGAUGCUGUGCAGGUUUUCUACUUGAUGGGAUCCCGGGGGUUCAAGCCUUCUGUAUGCACUUGUAACAUGGUGCUUGGUUCGUUGGCGAAGGGCCGGACUCAUGACCUUUUUUGGUCCUUUUUCAAAGGAAUGCUUGCCAAGAGGGUUCAUCCUGAUGUUGCAACAUUCAACAUAUUGUUAAAUGCUUUGUGUGAGCGGGGGAAGUUUAAGAGUGCUGGUUUGCUCUUGAGUAAGAUGGAAGAGAGUGGUUAUCUUCCGAAUGUGGUUACUUAUAAUACUUUGCUCAAUUGGUAUUGCAAGAAGGGGAAGUAUAAAGGGGCGUCAGAAAUGAUUGAUCGCAUGGAAGCUAAGGGUAUUGCAGUUGAUGUUUGUACAUAUAAUUUGUUGAUAGACAAUUUGUGCCGGGAAGGCAAGAGUGCGAAAGGUUACUUAAUGUUGAAAAGGAUGAGAAAGAAUGCGGUGUAUCCCAACGAGAUCACUUACAACACUCUCAUUAAUGGAUUUGUUAAGGAGGGAAAGAUUGCAGUUGCUUCUCGAGUCUUUGAUGAGAUGUUGUUGUUUAAUUUGUUCCCUAAUAGCAUCAGUUACAAUACUUUGGUUGACGGGCAUUGUCGCAAUGGCAACUUUGGCGAAGCCUUCAGACUCGUUGAUCUGAUGGAGUCACAUGGUUUGAGACCUAAUGAAGUGACGUAUGGGGCUCUUUUGAAUGGGCUAUCCAAGCAUGCUGAAUUUGGAUUGGUAUCUAGAAUACUUGAGCGAAUGAGGAUGAAUGGGGUGAGAAUUUGUCGUAUUAGUUAUACUACAAUGAUUGAUGGGAUGUGUAAGAAUGGCCUACUUGAAGAAGCUGCACAUUUGAUGGAUGAUUUAUUAGAAGUUUCCAUCAAUCUUGACGUCAUUACAUUUUCAGUUCUUAUAAAUGGAUUUUUGAGGGUGGGGAAGAUAAAUAAUGCAAAGGAGAUAAUGUGUAAAAUGUACAAGGCUGGAGUAGUGCCAAACAGCAGUUUGUAUUCAACAUUAAUCUACAAUUAUUGUAAGAUGGGAAACCUUGAAGAGGCAUUAAAAACUUAUGCAAUUAUGAACCAUAGUGGUCACGUUGCAGAUCGAUUCACAUGCAAUGUGUUGGUGGCCACUUUUUGUAGAUGUGGGAGACUUGAAGAGGCUGAGUACUUUAUGGAUCACAUGAGCAGGAUGAGUCUUGAUCCUGAUUCUGUUACUUUUGAUUGCAUUAUAAAUAGUUAUGGAAAUUCUGGUAAUGCAUUAAAAGCAUUUUCUGUGUUUGAUAAAAUGAUUAGUUUAGGCCAUUCCCCUAGUCGAUUCACAUAUGGUGGCCUGGUGAAAGGACUUUGCACUAGUGGAUGUAUUAAAGAGGCAAUCACGUUUAUGCAUCAACUUUCUUGCAUUCCUUAUGUUGUUGAUAAUGUUUUCUACAACACAGUACUUACUUGGGCAUGUAGAUUAGGUAAUUUAUCAGAUGCAGUUGCCCUUAUUUAUGAGAUGAUUAAAAACAAUUUUAUGCCAGAUAGUUAUACAUACAGCAAUCUUAUUGGGUUGCUAUGCAAGAAGCAUGAAGUGGUUGCUGCACUUCUUUUCUCAGAGAAGGCAAUGGAGAAAGGAUUGUUACAUCCUAAUCUUGUCUUGUACACUAGUAUAAUUGAUGGGCUUCUUAAGGCAGGACAUUCAAGAUUCGCUUUCUAUAUUUUUGAAGAUAUGCUGAACAAAGGUGUUACCCCUGAUACUGUAGCAUUGAAUGUACUGUUGGAUUGGUACUCAAGGAAGGGGAAAAUGUCAAAGGUAAAUGAUAUCCUUUCCACAAUGAGGAAUAGAGGUUUAGCGUUCAAUUUAGCUACUUACAAUAUUCUCAUGCAUGGAUAUUCAAAGAGGCAUGCGAUGGCAAAGUGUUCUAUGCUGUAUAAUGGCAUGAUCAGAGACGGUUUCAGGAAGGAUAGGUUAACUUGGCAUUCUCUUAUUCUUGGGUAUUGUAGCUCUGGAUCAUUGGAUGUUGCUGUAAAAAUUUUAAGAUGGAUGACACUUGAAGGUUCUAUUGCUGAUUGUUUUACAUUUAACAUGCUUAUUACUAAGCUCUGUGAAAGGGAUCAGAUCAAAAAGGCCUUUGAUCUGGUAAAACUGAUGAAUAGGUUAGGAGUUAUUCCUAAUGUAGAUACAUACAAUGCCCUUUUUCUUGGACUUAUUAGAACUGGUGCUUUUGAUGAAGCUCAUUAUGUUUUGCAAGCCUUAUCGGCAAAUGGUUCUGUUCCUACAUGUAAACGAUAUAUCACUUUAAUCAAUAGCAUGUGUAGAGUUGGAAAUGUAAAAGGAGCAAUGAAACUUCAAGAUGAGAUGAGAACACUUGGUGUCACCUCCAGUGAUGUUGCUAUGAGUGCUGUUGUUAGAGGUCUUGCACAUUCAGGGAAGACCGAAAAUGCUGUUUGGGUUCUUGAUUUCAUGCUUGGGAAGAAAAUCAUUCCAACUACUGCUACUUUCACCACAUUAAUGCAUGCUUGUUGCAAAGAAGCUAAUGUUGCAAAGGCUUUAGAAUUGAAGAAUAUAAUGGAGCGUUGCCAUUUAAAGCUUGAUGUUGCUGCAUACAAUGUUCUUGUAUCAGGCCUUUGUGCCAAUGGUGAUACUGAAUCUGCUUUUCAACUUUAUGAGGAGAUGAAACAAAGAGAUAUUUGCCCCAAUACCUCUAUAUUUACUGUUCUCAUUGAUUCUUUUUGUGAUGGAAAUUACCACAACGAAAGUGAAAAGCUUUUGAGAGAUCUACAGGCAAGGGAGCUGUUUAUUCUGGAUUUAUGUCGAGGCACUGAAAGCUUGAAUGAAUUAUUAGUGAUUGCUAGGAAAGAGUUGAUUCACUUGAGAGAUAAAAGGAGAAGAAAGUUUGGUUGCUAACAGCAUGCUUUUCGUUGGAUGAAUUGGAGGUGCAGUUGAGAUGGCAGUUUUGUUACCCUGCUUGAUGCAAUGUUGCUGAUAUGGUCUGGUUUCACUUAAAGCUAAAAGAAUCCUCUCAGAAUCUCUCAAACUCGGCCAGUCAUGUUCAAGUCCUCACAUUUCACUCCAUUAGGAGGCUCCCAAUCAAAGUGAUACAGCAAAUAUGCAAGGGCCAGCUCAACAUUUAUUAAGCCUAAUUUGAUGCCCGGGCAUAUUCUUCUUUCAGCACCAAAUGGAA